GACAGAUUUGAGCACCUUAAAAUCACGUCAAAUUUGAGUCACAACCCGGUCAACUCUCAAACUCUCAACUUCAUUUGCACCAUAGCCAGGGACCAACCCCAGACGCGCCCACAAUGCCGCUCCAGCCCAUUACCAAUCGCGCCUACUUCCCGUCCUUCGCAGAUCUGCCGGGCGAGCACCAGUACGACGCGCGCUACUACAUCGACUCGACGGACCCGUCGUUGCCUCCUGGUUCGGCGACGUACAAAAAGCACUGGAUCCUCCUAGGUGACAUCAUCGAGGCCAACACAUUCCUCCGCCCGCGACUGGUGGCCCGCGAUCGUCGCGGACAUAUGUUUGUUGUCGCUCUGUAUCUCGACGAGCCGGAAGACAUGACGCGGCUCGUUCCCCAUUUCAAGGUUGGCAAUACGGUAGCGUUGAUGCAUCCGCUUGCUCAUUCAUUUUUGGACGGGUCGCACGGAGUGCGGAUUGAAGAUGGGGAUGAGAUUACUAUCUUUCCCUGUAAGGUGGACGAACUCAUUAAACUCAAUACCGACUCAAUCAAGCACAACUGGCUCGUUGAGGAACCAAAGACAUGCCACAGCUGCGGUGAAGCGAAGCAGACGAUGGAAAGAUGUGGCGGUUGUAAGCUGGCAUAUUACUGCUCCAAGGAUUGUCAAGUCAAGGGCUGGAAGGACAAGGGACACAAGACGCAGUGCAAGGUACUGAAGGACCCGGAUGUCAAGUAUCUGUUUCAGCUGGAUUUCCGAAACUACGGUAAAGGAUUCGGCUUCGGUCCUAAAUCAUGGAAGGGACGUACGCUGAGCCCGGAGGAGUUGCAGGAGUUGGAGCGAUGAUACAUACAGUGCUUCCCGAGGGGGGAAACCGCUGUAGAACGAACGCAGGUGUGAAUGAAUCGUGCAUGGAUUUUGGCAAAAAGGUAUGGCCCAGCGGAGCCUCAUUGCGGGUUGCCAAAUGUAAGACGUCCCAUCCAAGGGAUCCAAAGGGUUCCAGAUUCCCUCCUAGUUUCAGCCCAGUAGGAGGCCGUCCACGAAUAAAGUUCUAUCAUGCCAAAGACCCGAGGAUCUGUGUGUCAUAUUGUCGUGCUCAAGGACUGGGCAAGAAAACCAUAUCCGCAUUUGAGGAGAUAAUC